AUGGCUUCAAAAAAUAAAAAUGAAUUAAUAAGCCACUACAACACACCGCAUAAGCUAUCUCUUCCACGGCCGUGUUUUUCGUCUGACGCCCCAACUCCGCCGCCGCGAACGACGGCUAUCUCGGUUCCGUUUAAAUGGGAGGAAGCACCCGGGAAGCCUAAGCCCAGGCCGUGUGACAGAGGAUCGGAACCGAAAGAAAGAGAGACCAACGUCGUUAGAGCUUUGGAGCUUCCUCCGAGGUUGUUGUCGUCUUUGGAGAGUAAUAUCAACGCGCCGUCACCGACAACCGUUUUGGAGGGACCUUACGUAGGACGCGCCGUGUCGUUUACGACGUCGUAUAGGGAUAAUAAUAAGGAGAGUGUGAGUUUUGGGUCUAGUAGGUGGGGUGGGUUGAAGAAAAAUAAUAGAAUCGAUCGUGAGGGUAGUUUUGACUUUUCAAGUUGGAGUGUUGAAGGUGGUGAUAAAGUGAAGAUUACAAGGGUUAGAAGAAAAGGAAGCUUCUUGAACUUCUCACAUGGAAGUUCACAUUUUUUGGCAAGCAUUUAUGGAAGCUUUAAGCAAGUGGUCCCAUGGAGGCGCAAGCAAGAAAAGCAACAUAGACCCAACAACGUUUGA